AUGGGAAAUCCAGCAAGAGUGGCGCUAUUAAAGCACUUUAAAUGGAACAGGGUUGCCCUCAUUAUACAAAACGUGGAUAUUUUUGUGUUGGUAAAAAGUAUUCAAUCAAUUAUAAAAACCACUAUACUAAUUUAAUUGCCUUGCGAAGCAAACUUGGAUCUAGCGUAAUUUGUGCACGUCUCGGUCAACUUUCGCAAGAUCCGUGAUAAAUAUAUAUCUGCUUAGUGUCAUAGCAACAAAGCAUGUGUAAACAAAAUCGCGAAAAAUUUGGUCCGGCUGUUGUUGCGUCCAUUUUAGCGAUCAAAAAUGCUUUUGGCAAUGAAUUUUUACUUUAAAGGGAAAAUGGAAAAUGGAAAACACAUGAAAACGGCUGCGUAUGAGACAACAUAAAUUUAUAAUGAACUCUGUUUGACAAUAACAGAGCUAGCUUUUAUAGCAAAUUUACAAAAUUUUUUCUUUAACUGAAGUAAUGUAGAGGUAACAGUUGAAAUCACUGCUUUUCUUUUUUAUGUAGACGAAGGAAAACCUGGUUCUAAAACUAGAGGAAGCAAAUAUCAAUAUAACAACCACGGAAAGCUUCAAAAAGGAUCCGUCACCUUCAGUCGAGAACCUAAAGGCAAGGCAACCUUGAUAAAUCUCUUUAAAAUAUAUCUUAACAAAACAUCUAGAGUACUUGAAUUAACUUUUCAAAAGGCAGGGUUUAAGUAAUCUUCAUAGUAACAAGACAUAGUAUCAUGAAGACCGCAGGCUUAACCAGCAAUUUGUUUUUCUCUCUUUAAAAAAGUGUAUGACGAACUACCAGCAACUAUAAAUUGCUUUAAAAAAUGUAUUAAAGUUUAGAGGAGGUUUCAGGUUCAAGAGGACCGCCAUUAUGAAGGACAUUUUAAAUGAUGUCAUAGGUCACCAACAGCAACAAAAGCCUAUAGGCCAUUUUCGAGUUAAAAACUAUAACUUUCGUUUGCGGAAGAAUAAAGAUUAUUUUCAUAUCAAUGGUUCGUACUUAGCCUCGCUUUAAGACAGAGACUUCAGGCAACUCGGAAAUGGUUUAUUCCAGUGACCGUUUAUCACAGACAUUACAAGCAUAGUGGUGAUGACAAAAUAUUAGUUUCAUAUAUCACUGGUUAUUUCUCUUGUUUAGAAAAACGAUGCCAGAAUCAUCAUUGCUUUGAUGUAUGCUGACAAGUUUAGAAAGGUCAUGUGCACAGUAAGUCUAAAGACCAACUAGUUGAUUCAACUAGUGGGUUUCAAUCUAUUCCCUUCCGAUAGGGUUACAGAAGCGAACCAUACACAAUUCGUCUUCUGUGCAGUAGCAGAACUACUCACCAAUGAAUGGGGUACUUGCGAAACGUCUAACUUCUUAUACCGGCGGGUUCAUAACCCAACUAAAGGUGGAAUUCGGAGCUUGUUUGACCGACCGACCUCUAUUUGAACGGUUGAGUAAUAUGUUGACAAAUUAAAUGUCACCUGGAUAGUAGGAUAGUAAUAAAAAGGGUUACUACAAUACAAAACGGAAAAAAAGAGCAUGUUUCUUUAAGCUUCUUGUUAAUUAAAAUAAAGUAGUAGGAAUGCCACCGGUUUCAGCCAUUUGAUACUCAAACCAAUUUUCUUAUUGAACGGAAGUGCUUAACGCCUGAUUCAGAAUGGCGGCUAACGAUGAAAAAGUCUAUAAUAUUAGAAAAAGAAUUUUUGGGAAUCAGACGGACUAUGAAAGCUGAAGGAACAUUGAAUAGCUAUCAUUUGUGACAAAUUAAAUAAUUCCCUUCUUGGAGAGACCUUGUUCCAAAAGGUGGCUGAACACAGUUUCUCUGGAAAUGCUUCUUCACUUUCCUGUUAACAUCGUUAUCGCUAGGAGAUAUGUAGCCAAUGAGCUUUUAAAGGAAAAGUUGAAUGACAAGUUGACAACAAAGCCCAGAAGUCGUCAGAAGAAAUUCAUUUCGUUUUCGUCGCCUUUGACACAUCGCGUGAUCUCAGUAUUGAGCAUGCGUACUUGGGGAGCAAUUUGAGAGCGCUUGUUUGAAAACAUUCUUGUUGCCCUGAAACGAUCUAAAUCGCACUUGACACCUAAUUAAUGAAAUGUCUUACAAAUACAUUUUGUUCCUGGCAAAUUUGAGCGUUUUACGUGCAACUAGUUUUAAAUAACAAUCCUACCAACGAUUCGUAAUGAUCCAAAGCCUUAACCAAACUGUGUUUAGCCACCAUAUUAAAAGGAUUGCAGCGCGUGCAUAGUCGUCAUUGUACUGAUUUUUCAUAUGCUAAGGCGCUUUUAUGUCCGACCAAUAGGCUCUCGAAAUGCAACUGUAUGGAAGCAAAUACGUGUGGAUCACUGUUGGCAGCUGGUAUAGCGAUGAGUGGCGGAAAGUAAGAGACAUGGAUUGUGAAGGGAAUCAGUUAAAAGAAGAGCCUUCUUAUUUGAUUGAAAUUCGUCCACUCCUUCUUAGUACUUCACAUGAGUCCACCAUAUCUGGCAAGGUAAAAGGGGCAUGUCACGAUCCCUGAAUAUGAUGUAUUCAUAUUCUGUGCAAAGUUCAUUACUCUAAGGCCUUUACCCAUGAAGAAAAAAAAUACUCCUUUAGAGUUAUGUUUUUUUGCAGGCUGUUCCGGCCCGAACCCGAAGCGGUAGA